UCCGCAAAUGAACGCACUGUAGACCCACACCUUUCACACCAACUUUUCCUGUCACAUUCUGCACUUCUUUUUCUCUCUUUCUCUUUCCCACUCACGACUUAUUCAAACUAGUGUCCUUUUUUUUUAAAGUGAAUGGUACAAUCCACCCGUGGUAAAUAAUAAACAUCAAAGAACAGAAAGUGAACUAAAAGAUUUAGGUCGCUGAGUAAAAAUCCUGAAGUGUAAGAGCGAGUCGAGGUGUUCGCUAAAUCUACGCUAGUGUAAUAAAGUAAGACCAGAACCAAGUUUAAGUCUUUCACGAGCCAUUUCAACUCUUCUCUUCUAGCAACCGGAAAGUCCUUAAGCAAUAAACAUCAUCACCCGCAAAACUCAUGAGAACCAUGGCAAACAAAGGCCAUUUACUUGGCCUACUACUCAUGGCAAGUUCCCUUCUAACCUGCCGAAGUCACCCGUUGGACGACUUCCUACACCAGGAGAUCUCGAACAGAGACGCCGACGGUAUCAAGUCCUACGCCGGGUACAAACUCUUCCGAACGGACGUGUCUGAAACACUGCUACCCAUCGUCGAUUCGAUGGACAUGUCCCCCGGCGUUGAGGUCUGGUCCUGGAAGCCCAAAGGACGGAGCCUCGACCAACAGUACGAGAUCGAUGUGUUGUCGCCUCCCGACGAAGAGAAGCAGGUACGUCAGGUGUUCAGCGAAUAUGAGCUGCCGUACCAAGAGGUCAUCCGUGACCUCCAAAUCGCCAUCAACAACGAACAGGGCGAUGAAAUCAUUGGAUUCAGCCCGAAGACACCACAUUCGAUGACCUGGGACAAAUACCAUUCAACCGAAGAUAUGUAUGAUUACAUGUCAUGGUUGGAAAUUCACUACCCAAACUUAGUCACCAUCAUCGACAUCGGCAAGUCUUUCGAGAAUCGCUCUCUGCUGGUGGCCAAGAUCUCUGGCGAUUCCGACACUCCGAAACCGGCAAUUUGGAUUGAUGGAGGUUUACACGCCCGGGAAUGGAUCUCCCCUGCAACAGCCAUGUACAUUCUGAACCAACUGGUAGAGUAUCAGUGGGAAUACGAAGAUAUUACCGGAAAGUUUGACUGGUACAUUAUGCCCCUGGGUAAUCCUGAUGGCUACGAAUACACCCGGAACCAUGACCGCCUAUGGCGCAAGAACCGCGCCGUGAAUCCAAACAGCCGAUGCGUUGGCGUAGACCUCAACAGGAAUUUCGGUUAUCGGUGGAGAACCGGAGGUUCAUCCUUGAAUCCCUGCAGCGACAUCUACGCAGGCCCUAGCGCUGAGUCUGAACCCGAGACGCAAGCAAUAAGAGAUUUUAUUAUGGAACUCAAAGAUCAGCUGAAAGUUUACGUGAGUAUCCACGCAUACUCCCAGAUGUGGAUGUUGCCCUUCGCAGGAACCUACGGCGUGCCAGAGAACUACGAUGACAUGUACGAAGUUGGGAAGCUGGCUACAGACGCCAUCCGCAAACACGACGGGACUGAUUACACGCUGGGCUCGGUAACCGAUCUUCUCUACAUUGCCUCCGGUGGUUCCGGAGAUUUUGCCUACGCCGUUGCUGGAAUACCCUUCUCCUACUCCCUGGAAUUAAGAGAUCUCGGUCAGUAUGGUUUCAUCUUGCCAAAGGAACAAAUACUUCCAACGGGCAUAGAGACUUACGAGGGCAUAAGAGCCAUGGCUGCAGGAGUUUUGGAGAGGCUUCCAAAAUACGAAGGGAACAGUACAUCUGCCACUGACGAUUUGCCACGAGAUAGCGACGCUCUGACCGAGCCUUCCAAUUCAUUGGAUCAAGAUCCUAAUGAGGCUUAAGCAGAGGAUAACCAAGUCCAAGUGAAGACAUUAAGAAUAUAUCGUGAUUCCGAGAUUCCUCUCGCCUAAACAUUUUCAUCAUCCAAGGGCUGAAAGUUUUAAGAAAAACGGACCCCUAACACCGCGUAGAUGGAUGCAAAUACCCUUCUCCCUUCAUUUUCAGUAUCAAACGUUCUUCUACUUCUGACCGUGUUUUCAACUGAUACAGUAAUUAACACAAUACAAAUUCCUUUCGUUUUCAGAUGUUUCAGCUGAAGAGGUAAUUAUCACCUACACAAACUUCAUCCCGCUCUUCUUCUUUCUGCUUCGGGCGCAACCAAUACAAAUCCACUUUCUACUAUUUCAUCUUUUCUGAGUUCCUUGUUUUUGCUCAAGCUCGAAUAGUUAGACAUUCCCCAUUGUCCUCAUUUCUGUUUCCCAGUGGCAUUUGUAACUUCUGCAUAUGCAAAUCCCCAAAACUGCUUACGCACUAGAUUUGAGUUUUAUAGUGUUAAAAAAAAAGUGGCCAAAAUUGGCUUUAUCAUAAGUAUCGCCUCCCAUGAGAUACCAAAAUGAUAUUAGUUCAUAGCUGCAUCUAUUUCUUGUAUUUACUGAACGUCCACUUUCCUUCAAGAUACACUGAAAAAUUCUUAGUUUUUAUAACGUCUUCAUUCCACUAAAAAUUUAUCUUUAGCAUACCCUGUGGUUUUUUUUUUUUAUCUGAAAAUAUCUUCUCUA